UUGCCUUUUCUUUAACAUCAUAAAUAUAGGUCGUAGACUUGUAGUUGAAGAUAAGUACUAAACUGAAACAUUUAAAAAUUUGAGGAACCAAUUUGAGUUUCCUCUGGAUCUUCAUAUUUAUUUGUUCCUCUGCUACUCAAGAAUCAGAAAUGGCGAUCCAAAAAACCCACAAGGCAAAGCCAAAACCAAGAUCCUCAACACUCAUACUCACAGUUGCAAUUGCAGCGAUAACGUUACUAUACAUUGCUUCACCAUUAGUUUCCCCAAAUGGGUUCUCUUUUUCAACUCCAAAAAGCUUAAGAAACUCAGUGUACUCUAAAAACCAUAAACAAUUUAAUGGGCCUCACAAGUACCUUUAUUGGGGCAAUAGAAUUGACUGCCCUGGAAAACAUUGUGAUACUUGUGCAGGUUUGGGUCAUCAAGAAUCAAGCCUUAGGUGUGCUCUUGAAGAAGCUAUGUUUCUUCAGAGAACGUUUGUUAUGCCUUCAAGGAUGUGUCUCAAUCCAAUCCACAACAAAAAAGGGAUUCUUCAUUGGUCCAGCAAUUCAACCACUGAGGAAAGGUGGGGCGAUAGUUCGUGUGCUAUGGAUUCUUUGUAUGAUGUGGAUCUCAUCUCUGACACUGUACCUGUAAUUUUGGACAACUCCGAAAUGUGGCAUCAUGUCCUGGCAACAAGCAUGAAGUUAGGUUCUAGAGGGGUCGCCCACGUUGAAGGAGUUAGCAGGACUGAUCUCAAAGAAAAAAGUUUGUACUCAAACAUUUUGCUUAUCAAUCGAACUGCAAGCCCACUUUCUUGGUUUGCGGAAUGCAAGGACAGGAAAAAUCACAGCUCCAUUCUUCUGCCAUAUUCGUUUCUUCCUUCAAUGGCUGCGGAAAAACUACGGCAUGCAGCAAAAAAGAUCAAGGUGCUGCUUGGUGAUUAUGAUGCUAUACAUGUUCGAAGAGGUGAUGUUUUGAAAACAAGGAAGGACAGGUUUGGGGUUGAUCGAAGUUUGCACCCUCAUUUGGACAGAGAUACACGUCCAGAGUUCAUUCUUUGCAGAAUAGGAAAAUGGGUACAGCGUGGGCGAACCCUUUUUAUUGCUUCUAAUGAGAGGACACCAGGCUUCUUUUCUCCUCUGGCUGUGAGGUACAAGCUGGCCUAUUCAUCAAAUUACAGCAGUAUCUUGGAUCCAGUGAUUGAGAAUAAUUACCAGCUCUUCAUGAUAGAAAGGCUUAUUAUGAUGGGAGCAAAAACAUUUAUUAAAACAAUGAAAGAAGAUGAUACUGAUCUCAGUCUUAGCGAUGAUCCUAAAAAGAAUACCAAGAAAUGGGAAAUACCUGUUUAUACAAGAGACAACGAAGAAUGUUAGUUCUCAGAUGCUUAACUGGAUUCUUUUGAGCAUGCUCGUUUCAUUCUUUACACCUUUUCACUCAAUUUUUGUUUAUUCACUUGUAAAUCAAAAUUUUCUUUGUGAAUGUCAGAGUUGUUAGGUACUACUUGAGAGAAUAGCCUGUUUCUACAUGUUGUAUGUAAAUUAUCAUAUUGACUUCAGUGGAAUCAAUUGCAGAUAUGCAAAGUAUUGUUUGAGUCA